GACUGCUAAGUAAUGGCAUUUCACGGCAAUCCAAAUGCAAAGACAAUAGAUUUUUUUUUCAUCUGUCGUCAGUUCGAAUUUGACAGUGUGAGAUAAGUGUGUUCGGUGUUGGUGUGUGUGGAAGAACGACAGAGAAAACUAACGCAAUCAGUUAAUGAAUUAUCGGCAGUGUGCAGUGAGUGACAUCCUGCGAGUGUAUUCUAAGCCCAUUUCAUCGAUUUCUGUGUUUUACAUUUAAAUUUAAUCGAUACACGUUCAAUUGUUUCGAGAAAUAACGAUCUAAACUUACACAUAAACCUAAAACUCUUACGAUAAAAAUGGAGUUCAACAAACAUUUUAAACUGAAUUCAAUGUUAAAAUACAUCACAGUGAUUUUAUUUAUAGUCAGCACCACAGUUAAAGCAGAAUUACAAGCAAAAUAUACAGAUGAAGCGAAUAAAAUAGUUUAUUUCGAUGCAAGAGAUAAGAGUGGAUUAGUUUUAACUUGCAAACAAACUAAAAGUAACUACGAGAUCAAAUGGAAGAAGAACGGAGAGGAUGUGAGUAAAGUUGACAGUUUAAAAGGUCGCUAUGCUAUCAAGGAUAACUACAGCAACUUUAUAAUCGAAAACACUGAUCCCGAUGACCAUGGCAACUACACUUGCAAAAUUGAUGAAACUAAUGAGGAGCAACAUAUUGAAGUAAUUUCCGCCGUUUAUUUGAAGAAAAUUCCCAAUAAUUUGUCUGUUGUUGAGGGUGAAAGACUUACAAUUCAUUGCAAAGCAUAUGGAACUGCUCCCGAAAUCGAAUGGUCUCUUGUUGGCGGAGCCGAGCUUAACCUAACGCAUGUUACAUUCAAAGAGGACGAGGAAAACGUCAAAAAUGCGAUACUUAUUAUUGAACAUGCCGAACUCGAAGAUCGAAACAAUUACACGUGCACUGCUAGAAAUAAAGCCGUUGGAAUCAAAUUAAAAGAUGCACAAGGUGUCACUAAAAUAUUGACAGAAGAAUCCGAGCAUACAUUUGUGAGAGUUAAAGGAAAAUUAGCUGCCUUAUGGCCAUUCUUGGGCAUUUGCGCCGAAGUAUUCAUCUUAUGUGCCAUUAUUUUAGUCUACGAAAAGCGGCGUAACAAGGAAGGCUUAGAUGAAAGUGAUACAGAUCAAAGUCCCGAACAAGAAAAGCUAAAGACCGGCAAAUAACUUGAGUAAAUCAUAGAAAAAAAUUUGCUCUAAAAUUCACUUCAUGAUUUAACGAAUGUUUAAUUUUUGGUUUUAUGAUUAUUAUAAUUUUUUGAGGCAAGGAACUUAAUAAAGUUUCAUAAGAGAACAAUUAGCAAACGAUACCAACAACCAAAAAAAAAACAAACAAACAAAGAAAUACAAUUCUUAGAUGAGCCACCAGAAAAUGAAAUUUACUAAUAAAAUACACACGCAUAAA